AAGUUGAUGUUCUUAGUUGAGUUUUCAUAAUUCCAUAAACAAAUAUUCCACAGAUCUGGAUACAUUAGACGCCUAGAUACUGAAGUUCCCUCUAAAAACGGACUGAAGGUGAUCAUAAACACUUCUAGUAAGUGGUUAAAAUCAGACAGCAUUCGAUCCCCUCAUAUGAUUUAUGCUAAUAUGUGAGCUUAGGGAAUAAUCUGGAUGCACAGAAUGCAUAGAUUAAGAAUAAUACGUGCACUCUAUGAGAUAUUACGGUUACUAUGCGACAGUAAAUAGUUUCCAUGGUUAUGUAAUAUUUUGGAUUAAUCUCAUUACGGUAUCAGUAGAUAUAACAGGCGAAUUUUAUUAAACAAAGUAUAUUACUAUUAAUAAUAGUUAUUACCUAAAAAUGACGGAGAGAGCUCCCAUAUCAGCCGAAGAUACUUUAGUUCGCUACGAUAAUCCCGUUUUAGUCACUACACAACCUGAAAAAGUUACAUCGCCCCGUACAGGAGCGGCAGCACAGCCAUGCGUGCCAACAGAAGCGAAACGUGAAACUGAAGAAAUAUUGAAUGCCAUUCUGCCUCCCAAAGAAUGGGAAGAAGAUGGUCAAAUAUGGACACAAAAGAUAUCAUCAACACCAGCUACACGUCUAGAUGUAAUAAACUUACAAGAGAUGCUCGACACACGUCUACAGCAGCGUCAGGCCCGAGAGACGGGGAUUUGUCCUGUACGCAGGCAACUUUAUACGCAAUGCUUUGAUGAACUAAUACGCCAGGUAACAAUAAAUUGUGGAGAAAGAGGUUUACUGCUACUUAGAGUACGGGAUGAAGCCAGAAUCACUAUGGAAGCAUAUCAAACACUUUACUGCAGUUCUAUUGCUUUCGGAAUGAGAAAAGCUUUGCAGUCGGAGCAAGGCAAAUCGGACCUCAUGGACCAAGUAGCUAAAUUAGAAGCAGAUCGCUCGGCCCUAGAGAAACAAUGUAUGGAACUAAAACAGAAAACCGAACAACUGGAGAGAAGAGCGGCGGAACUGCGUGCAGCAGAAGAGAAACGCCACCAAGAGGAAUUGCUUGCGUUGAAGAAAACUAAUGCUCAACUAAAGGCACAACUCGAAGGUAUCAUCGCUCCGAAGAAGUAAUUUUUGUACAAGUACUGGUGCAUAUUUUUAAGAUAAUUUGUUGUCUUUAUUAUUUCAUUAUGUAAAAGAUUAUUUUUUGUUUUCGUAAAAUUAAAAAUGCAAAUAAAUUUACAUAUUUUAA